CUUAGAUCUGUCCCUUUCGUCUCUUUUACACUUUUAGCCAAUUUUUUUCUGGAUCCUUAGCUUUUCCCAUUUUUCUUUUACACUUUUAGCCACUUUUAUUCUCACUUUCCGCCAUUUCUUCCCUGGGUUUACAAAGCAAGGAGCUAAUUUUGUUGAGUUUUAACAAUGGCGGACUGGGGCCCAGUGGUGAUAGCGGUGGUGCUAUUCGUUCUGUUAACUCCGGGACUAUUAUGCCAGCUUCCUGGCCGUGGAAAAGUGGUUGAAUUUGGCAACAUGCAAACAAGCGGGGUUUCUAUUUUGGUCCAUGCUGUAAUUUACUUUGGACUUAUUACUAUUUUCCUCCUUGCCAUUGGCGUCCAUGUCUACACUGGCUAAAGUAAUUUUACCUUGUAAGUUUGUAAAACAAUGUCUCUUCAGAUAUUUAUUCUCUGUCUCUCUCUUGAUUGUAUAAGAGUUGCAAUUAAUCUUCCA